AAAAAUCUAGAUCUUCAGACUAAGCUGGAUACAGAGGAGAGCAUUAGACAGCAUGUAGAGGAGAAGGUUGUCGGGUUUUUGGAUGCGCGCAGGCCGAAGCUCGUUGACAAUGUUACCAAGGUGAUGCCAUUAGCAGACGCCCUGAGGCCCAUGAUCCAACAACAGGAUUACUUUGAUAUCUGUGCUGCUGGGACCAGCGUGGAGAAGAUGAGGCUUCUGUUCACGGCCGUAGAUUCAGGCGGGGAAAAGGUGAAAUCAGCCUUUUACAAGAGUCUGAUGAGAGAAGAACCUGAUUUAGUCCUAGACAUACUGAAAGCAGAACCUGAUCGAGUCAUAAACCUACUGGGUGAAGAACUGGGUAUAUCUCCAAAAACAAAUGUUGUUGAUGAUGAUCCACCUGAUGAGUCUGGGAGUAACAGAGUUGAAAUGAUGGAGAUGCAACCUUUACUGGGUCCUGGAUCAGAGACGGAGAGAGGAGGAAGACAGGCUGUUGAUGCUCUAGAAGACCAGGAGAGAGAGGAGGGAAGACAGGCUAUUGAUGCUCUAGAAGAUCAGGAGAGAGAGGAGGGAAGACAGGCUGUUGACGCUCUAGAAGAUCAGGAGAGAGGAGGAAGACAGGCUGUUUAUGCUCUAGAAGACCAGGAGAGAGAGGAGGGAAGACAGGCUGUUGAUGCUCUAGAAGACCAGGAGAGAGAGGAGGGAAGACAGGCUAUUGAUGCUCUAGAAGAUCAGGAGAGAGAGGAGGGAAGACAGGCUGUUGACGCUCUAGAAGAUCAGGAGAGAGGAGGAAGACAGGCUGUUUAUGCUCUAGAAGACCAGGAGAGAGAGGAGGGAAGACAGGAUGUUGAUGCUCUAGAAGAUCAGGAGAGAGAGGAGGAAGACAGGCUGUUGAUGCUCUAGAAGAUCAGGAGAGAGAGGAGGGAAGACAGGCUGUUGAUGCCACCUAAGACAGUACUGGGUUGGUUAGGACGUUCUGGUUAAUUAAAGUUUAUUUUGAAAAGAGAAGAGUGAGAGAGCGAGAGACACGACUCUCCCUCUCUCAAUGGAGUUUUUUAAAUUAUUAUUUUAAAGGAGAUGGGAAUUCCAACCACCUUAAUCAUCCUUAUUUACAUUUGGACGGUACAGCGGGUAGAGAUGGAGACAGAUAGUUGGGGCAUAGACAGAGGGUGGUUUGAGAUGGGACUCAAACCUCUCAUCGCCAUGAAGUCUAGAGAUUAGACUGUUACACCAGACUGCAGCACAUUGUGGAUGGGUUUAAAGACCAACUCAUGUUACAGCCUGCUGGAAAACAUAUGAUCAGGCACUGACCUAAAGUAUAAUUUAAUCAGCAAUAAGGCCUGAGGUGGUGUGGUAUAUAGGCAGUACAGCCUGGAUACAGCCCUUAAUACAGCCUGAAUACAGCCCUUAGUAGAGCCCUUAGUACAG